CGAAGUCGCACAUCAAUGGCUUCGACCAAGGCCUAUGGGAAGAUCAGCGAAGCAGAGCAAGCGAUGCUCGAUGCUCGCCGCUGCACCCGGAAGAGAACCAUCGUCAUAAGCCUAUCAUCCAUUGUUCUUGUUGCCAUCGGGGUCGCAGCAGUGGUUGGUACUUCGGUGCACGCCAACAACAUGAGCAGCGGCAAGCCUCGACCUCUCUCAACCUCAGUGAAGGCCGUGUGCGACGUCACGCUGUACAAGGACUCGUGCCUUAGCUCCCUCGCCCCAAGGGCUAACUCAAGUGGCCAGGUCCGCCCUGGGGAUCUGUUCAAGCUGUCGAUCCAAGUGGCCUUGGAGGAGUUGGCCAAGGCCGCCGGCAGUUUCUCCGAGCAAGGAACGAUCUUCCAUAAUACCAUGGUGAAUGAGACGGCAAGUGCGGUGCUGGAGGGUUGCUGUGAGCUCCUAGGGCUUGCGCUGGACCAUUUGAACAGCUCGCUGUCAUCGAGCGAUGCCUCGAACGUGCUCAAUUCAGUGGAUGAUCUCAGGACCUGGCUCAGUGCGGCCGGGACGUGCCAACAGACGUGCAUCGACGGGUUUGACGAAUCAGCAGGAGCAAUUAAAGAGAAUGUUGCGAGCUAUCUCAAGAAUUCAGGUGAACUGACAAGCAAUAGUCUUGCGAUCAUCACUUGGAUUUCGAGCAUCACGAGCUCGUUCAAGCUAAGGCGGCUCAUGAGCAUGCCUCACCCCUACCACCGCCUCGGUCACCACCUCGGCCAUCACAAAGUGCCAAAAUGGGUGCACCGGAAAGAGCGUGAGCUGCUUCAGAGCUCCGAUUUGAGGAAGAAGGCGAAUGCUGUUGUGGCCAAAGACGGUUCCGGCAAGUACAAGACCAUCGGAGCCGCACUCAAUGCUGUGCCUGACAAGAGCAACAACACGUUCGUGAUCUACGUGAAGAAGGGGGUGUACAGCGAGAAUGUGCGGGUUGAGAAGUCGAAGUGGAACGUCAUGAUGGUCGGCGACGGGAUGGAUGCAACGCUGGUCACCGGCAGCCUGAACUUCAUCGACGGGACUCCAACGUUUAAGACUGCAACUUUCGCUGUUUUUGGCCAAGGCUUCUGUUAA